AUGACUGAUAGCACUUCAGCGGAACAGACACAGAAAGGCAAUGUCGGCCUAAAGAGAGCAGCAGCCUUUUUGGCUGGUCUGUCCCUGUACCAGAUGCCUCAUGCUGCAAUAUCAGCUGGUAACUUUACAGUAGGAAGAUUUCAGAUUCCUCAGAAAUAUGUUGGCCUGUACAUCAACAGGAUGAUUAUAUCUUAUAGGAUCUUCUCAUUGGUUGGGAUUACAAUUACUACGGCCUAUGAACAGUUUAAUGGACCUCAUAUUCCAUUACUGAACAUCGGACUGUUCGUGCUUGUUGCACUAUCCCACAUAACCUUGUUUCUUACAUAUUGUUCAGGAGGAGCUCAGGGUCACAUUACACUAUACUACUGGAUUGUUGUCGUAGUGGCUCUUAUCAUCGGAAUGUGCUUUGUCUUCAGUGUUAAGUUGGCCAGUAAUGAAAUCAUUUACCUUCUCGCGGCACUGCCCAUAUCCGGAAUUCUGGCAUCCUCCUAUCACAUAUCGUUCAUUGUCAUUUCUGAGUAUUUUAACUUAUCAAAUAUAUACUACUGGUUGGUAUUCUGGCAGUUGAUAUGUGCGAUAUCGUUGAUAUCUGUGACUACCGUGAUAUGGGCAUUUGCGUAUGGAAGUGAGAAUAAACCUGAAGGACCUGCUGGUGAAGAAGGCUCUAGUAGUUCUAGUGGUAGUUCUGGAAGUAGUGGUGGUAGUCAACCUCAACAACAAGUUCAGGAAGCUGAGGGUUUCUCUAUAGCGUUGUACAAUGCCCUAUCUCCACUAUUAUUGGUUGCAUUUGGGUAUGGUAUACAGAACAUGUUCUACCCAUCAGUAGCUCCGUAUAAAAUCAUUGGCAUAGACAGAGGUUACAAGAUCGAUGUUGCAGUUUUAUUCACGAGUGCUGUACCACCAUUGUUAUUCUUGUACCUUAUAUCCAAAGGAAGAGGUCCAGACAGGCCAUGGACUACUGGAGAUGCUCCGUGGUGGCAUGGUGCCUGGGCGUUUUUUGGAAUAGAGGUGAUGUGUGGAAUACUAUUCUUUUCCACCUUGCAUUACCCAAAUAGUGCUCUACCAAGAAGUAUAAGAAAUAGCAUUUGGGGUCUCGGAUUCUUCACAGUACUCUACGAUUUCUCCGCACAGAUGACUAGAUGUAUAGGAAGUAACGGAGUUGAUAAACAGAAGGGUAAAUCCGCUGCUAAGAUGAAUACACUCAACUCCUUUUUGUACUCAUUCACACAAGUCAUCUUUGCCUUCCUUGGAGACGGAUAUAUUAGAACAUAUCGCCAAGCAGAGGAAAGUUCAGAUUUAUGGCCAACCGCUCACUACACCAAUAAAAGAGCAUUCUGGUUCUGGACCUGGAGUACAACAAAAGUGGCUUGUAAAACGCUAAAAGGUGCCUUUAGUACAGAUGUUAGGGCUGAGAUUCUUGUUAAAAAGGAGCAUCUAUUUAUUGUAUAUGAAGAUGGUCCACCUGAGGGUGAUCCCUUCUUUGAUCUACCAUUCAUUCGCAAGAAGGAAGAGUCUCUAGAUAAUCACAGUUUCAAGGGAGCAUACAUUUUUCACUAG